AUGACGGAUCCAACACUGUUAGAAGAGGACAAGCGAAUAGUAGGCCUACACAUUCAAGAAAAACUAAAUCAGCUAGAAAUCCUUCAACACAAAACCUCACAGGACCACUUAGCAGCUAAAAUAUGUCUUGAGAGUGAGUCGCCUGUGAGCAAGUUCUGGGCCAAGUCCGGAAGAGAACAGAAAACUCAUGAUGCAAUAGUCGAGCUUAGAGUUCCAGAAUCCCCUAGCAAUGCUCCAGCCUAUGAACAUAGGUCAGACAAAAUGGCUGAGUUGGCAAGAAAAUACUAUGAUGACCUUCAAAAGGAAGGCAUGGCACAAGGUAUUGAGCGCGAGGAAGCCCUCACGAAAGUCCUAAACACUAUUGACAUUAAGCUCUCUGAAUCCAAUAAAACAGAGCUAGAAACCCCGCUCACCAAGGGGAACAUUGAAGAAGUCCUCGGGCCCCUUCCCAAUGGUAAGGCCCCAGGGAUAGAUGGGAUUCCCUACGAGUUCUGGAAAUGGCUAAAUGAAAAGGCUAAGUCGAUACCAAAAGACGACAAUGGAGAAUCACCCUUCGACUUUGCUGAAUGCCUUACAGCGGUGUACAAUGAUAUUGAAUCCCAUGGAGUGGUGGACGCCUCCUCCUUCGCGGAAGGAUUGCUACAUCCAAUACAUAAGAAAAAAGACAGACAUGAGAUCGCAAACUAUAGACCAAUCAUGCUACUUAAUAGCAAUUAUAAAGCACUCACUAAAACCCUAGCACUCAAACUCACAAGGACAGUACCAUCCAUCAUCCACAAGAACUAA